GCUACCUCGCAGUCCAGUUCCAGCAACUGGUUGGGGUUGAAAAGGAGGGAGCCGCCAUUGGAUUCGAUUGAGCGCAGUGGCUGUUCAUGGCAUCGCCACUAACACCGUAGCCUCCUUCCUUCCUUAAUUCACUAUUCAAUGAUCCUCUCUUUCAGACCCUUAACCCUCAGAGCGCGUUUCCUCUUCAGCUCUUACGCCUCCAUGCCCAUUUACGACGCCGUUCUAGACAAUACUAUUACUAAUAAUAAGAACAACAACAAGCCUUCCGAUCACUUUUGUGCUGCGGUUUCCGAACCGGAGUUUCUGGUUCGGCUUCUUAACACGGUUCGAGACCGACCCGUCCUGGCCCUCCGGUUCUUUCGAUGGGCCGAGGGCCGAACCGGGUUCAAGGGAUCUGAAUUGGCUUAUGUUGUUAUUCUUGAGAUUCUCGCGCAGAGCGGUUUCAUGCGGUCUGCGUAUAGGGUGAUGGAGAAGGUGGUCGCCGUUAGAAUGGACGGCGUUGUGGAUGUUUUGGUUAACAGGAGCGUUUCUUCUGAGGUUUCCGUUAAGCUUCUCGAUUUGCUGCUUUGGAUUUAUGCGAAAAAUUCCAUUUUGGAAAAUAGCUUGUUGGUUUUUUAUAAGAUGGUUCAUAAGGGUUUGUUGCCUGAUGUGAAGAAUUGCAAUAGGGUUCUUAGGUUGCUUAGGGAUAGGAACAUGGUGAACAAAGCUAGGGAGGUUUAUAAUGUGAUGGUGGAGUGUGGGAUAAGGCCUACAACUGUUACUUAUAAUACAAUGUUGGAUUCGUUUUGCAAGGAAGGGGAGGUUCAGCAAGCUUUGGAGCUUUUGUUUCACAUGCAAAACACUGGGUGUUCUCCUGAUGAUGUCACCUAUAAUGUUUUGGUUAAUGGCUUGUCUGAUCAGGGGGAGUUGGAGCAGGCUAAGGAACUGAUUGUGGAGAUGUUGAGAUUGGGACUCAAGGUUUCGGCUUACACUUAUGACCCGUUAAUUCGUGGGUAUUGUGAAAAAGGGCUGUUUCAGGAAGCUUGGAGUCUUGAGGAGGAGAUGUUGAGUAAAGGAGCUUCGCCUACGGUGGUGACCUACAAUACGAUUAUGUAUGGUCUUUGUAAGUGGGGAAGAGUGAGUGAUGCUAGGCAGCUGUUAGGUGUUAUGGCAAAUAAGAAUAUGAUUCCUGAUUUGGUUUCUUAUAAUACUCUAAUUUAUGGAUACAGUAGGUUGGGAAACUUAGGGGAGGCUUUUCUUUUAUUCGUUGAGUUAAGAUACAGAAGUCUUGUGCCCAGUGUUGUUACCUAUAAUACACUGAUUGAUGGCCUUUGCAGGUUGGGGAACUUGGAUGUUGCCAGGCGGUUAAAAGAUGAAAUGAUCAAAUAUGGACCUUAUCCUGAUGUUUUUACUUUUACAAUUCUUGUUAGAGGAUUUAGCAUGAUGGGGAACUUGCCAAUGGCUAAGGAACUAUUUGAUGAGAUGCUGCAUAGGGGACUGCAGCCUGAUCGUUUUGCUUACAUAACUCGAAUAGUAGGUGAGCUGAAGCUUGGUGACCCAUAUAAGGCUUUUGGCAUGCAGGAAGAAAUGCUAGCCAAAGGCUUUCCUCCUGAUUUAAUCACAUAUAAUGUCUUCGUCGAUGGGCUUUAUAAAUUGGGCAAUUUGAAAGAAGCAAGUGGUCUUGUGCAGAAAAUGCUCCAUGAUGGACUUGUUCCAGAUCAUAUAACAUAUACCAGCGUCAUCCAUGCUCACUUGAUGGUCGGGCAUCUUAGGAAGGCUAGAGCUGUGUUCUAUGAGAUGUUGAGCAGAGGGAUAUUUCCUUCAGUUGUCACUUACACUGUUUUGAUUCAUUCAUAUGCAAUUAGGGGAAGACUGGAACUUGCUAUAAUGUACUUUUUUGAGAUGCAAGAGAAGGGCGUUUAUCCAAAUGUGAUAACCUACAAUGCUUUAAUCAACGGACUUUGCAAAGUGAGAAAGAUGGAUCAGGCAUACAAGUUUUUGGUGGAAAUGCAAGUGAAGGGUAUUUCUGCAAAUAAGUAUACUUACACUAUUUUAAUUAAUGAGAACUGCAACUUAGGCCAUUGGCAGGAGGCUUUGAGGUUGUAUAAGGAUAUGCUAGAUAGAGAAAUUCAGCCUGAUUCAUACACACACACUGCACUUUUGAAGCAUCUUAACAAAGACUAUAAAUUGCAUGCAGUUCAGCUUCUCGAAAAUGUUAUUGGAGGUGGUGAAUGAACUUAUGGUGUAAAGACGAAGGAAUAACAUGACUCAGUUAUUCUCAUUUUAGAAUUCCUACGUGACUAAUGAGUAAAAGACGGCCCUACAUUUAAAUGGGUUUUGCCUUUUGAGGUGUAAAUUCCACAGGCGUAAUCAUGUACAUUUUCUCACUUUCGCGGGUAAAGAUGUCAAUGGGUUUUCCUAUGAUUGAGAUGGGGGGACUUUACAUUUUUUCACACGUUAUAUCCUGUGACUAGGUAAUACUUGGAAGAGUGUGUUAUCACUUAAGAUUCAAAGAUCUAUGACAUUAUGCUCCCAACUCCCAAGGCUAGAGGGAGUGCCAUUCUUUGGACGACAUCAAUUUGGUGAUGGCUUUGGUCUUGGCCUAAGCUUGUUAAAGCAGAAUCAGUGUGCAUCCAUGUUCUGAAUAUCAUUGAUGUGUCUUAAUCUAUUCAUAUCAAGCUUUCAUUCAUAGAUAUGGUGGAGAAGGAACAUCACAAAAACAGAGUGCUGAACUUGACUUGUACAACCACCUUUUGCGUAACAAAGGAGAGGAGAAAGUAGAAGGGGAAUCUCUCCUUGUGGGAAGCAAAAGGAUAGGGCAGAGAUGGAAGGGAGACAUGACAACCAAGAAGGGUGUAGUUAUGAGUACACUAGCCAAACCACUUCCACUGCUGAAACUGCCAAACUCGAUCCCUUCCAUGGAGAAGGAUUGGUCAGCAAUCAUG